AUGCCACCUAGCCGCUAUGAAGUAGAAAGCAAGUACAGGAAAAUUCUUGAACUAUCGAGUAAACUGGGGACACUUUGCAAUCAGGCAAAGUCAUUGCAACAGCUGUACUCGAGCAAUGCGCUUAACUUGCGACAUCGUUUGUGUGAUGAAAUUAAAGUUAUUUUCCGCUAUGCGCCCAUCGAAUAUGGGCAUCGCUGUGAGGAGAUUCUGUGGAAGCGAAAUUACUACGAUUACGUCAAGUUUUGCAAAAAGUUCCGCAAAGACAUGAGCUCCAACGAUCUGGAUAUCUUUCGGAUGCACAUCACUUCAGGAAUCGGCCAUUACCAGAGUCUCUUUUUCUCCUUCUGCAAGGCAUUCAAACUGACAAAUCUUGAAGAGUUUCUUUCAUAUCUACCCUUUCAACCAAAUUUCAUUGUCAAAGAGAAUAUCCACUACAACUUGACUGGCCUGAACAAUGGAAAGUGCGCCAAGAGUGCCUUUGAGAACGAGUCGAACGUGGACGAGUACAACUACAUCGGGGACAUUGACAAUGACGAAGAUGGCCUGACAAUCGAGCUCGAUCUUGAAUAUGUUCAAGAUGAAAAGUACCUGCCGUCCCUCAACUAUCUUGCUCACAGAUUCUGCAUCUGCCUCGGUGAUCUGGCUCGCUACUAUAUCGACUUUUUCCCGAAUCCUGAAAAUUCCAAAUCGUUUACCGAGAAUCGUUUCUCUCACUACUACUUCAACGUUGCAGCUUUCUACUACAAAACUGCUUCCAUCAUUGAGCCUGCUCUUGGAAUGCCAUUUAACCAGCUCGGCACCCUGUACACCGGCGGUCACUAUGGAUUGGAUUCACUCUUUUACUACAUUCGAUGUCUAAACUCAAAAGAGACUUUUACCGGCGUCAAGGAAAAUAUGCGGACCACUUUUGAAACUGCUCAAAAGAUGCUCUUGAAGUGUCAGAGUAGUAACGCCAAAGGCAAACUGUUCAACAACCAAAAGCAAAAGCAGGCGAGUGAGAAUGUUCAACCGUCAAACCAGCUGAUCAAAGAAGCUAUCCUUAAUGUGAUCAAAUUGUUUUGGGAAGUUUUCAAUGUCGGCUGUGAAGCGGGCAAUAUUGGAAAUCGUCCACUUUCUGUUGGAAAAUUGCUCAAUAUGACCAAUGAAACUCUUGUGAAGAUUUCCUUGGCACUGGAAGCAGAGCCUUCGCCUAAUUCCUCUCGAACAAGUCCAGGUUCGCUUACCGACGAGUGCAUCUUUCAAAUCAUUUCCCUCUUUGCCAUGCAAAUUGAGCUGAUAAAAAGUCCCAAUCAGGAGGGUCCACUUGAAGUCAA